AUGGCCGCCAAUGUGGGAUCGAUGUUUCAAUAUUGGAAGCGAUUUGAUCUACGGCGACUCCAGAAGGAGCUUAAUUCCGUCGCUUCCGAGCUGUCUGCACGGCAGGAGGAGAGUGAACAUUCUCAUAAACAUUUAAUUGAACUCCGCCGGGAAUUUAAGAAAAAUGUACCUGAGGAAAUCAGAGAGAUGGUGGCUCCUGUAUUAAAAAGCUUCCAAGCUGAGGUGGUGGCUCUUAGUAAGAGAAGUCAGGAGGCCGAAGCCGCUUUCCUGAGCGUUUACAAGCAGUUAAUUGAAGCACCAGACCCCGUGCCUGUGUUUGAGGCUUCACGCAGCCCAGACGACAGACUGCAGUCCCCCAGCUUCGACCCCAGCGGGCAGCCGCGGCGAGAGCUCCACAGUUCGUGGAAGAGACACCCUGAGCUCCUCGGCCCCAAAGAACAGAGAGAGGGGACCUCGCCGGCUGGGCCCACGCUGACUGAGGGGAGCCGCCUCCCAGGCAUUCCGAGCAAAGCCCUCCUGACAGAAACUUUGCUGCAGAGAAAUGAGGCAGAGAAACAAAAGGGCCUUCAGGAAGUACAGGCCUUCACUUUGGCAGCCAGACUGGGGGAAGCCGAGGAGAAGAUCAAGGUCCUACAUUCAGCGUUAAAGGCCACGCAGACAGAGCUGCUGGAGCUGCGGCGGAAAUACGAUGAGGAGGCGGCAUCCAAGGCAGAUGAAGUCGGCCUGAUCAUGACCAACCUGGAGAAAGCUAAUCAGCGAGCCGAGGCUGCCCAGCGGGAGGUGGAAAGUCUUCGGGAACAACUUGCCUCCGUCAACAGCUCCAUCCGCCUGGCCUGCUGCUCUCCUCAGGGACCCAGUGGGGAUAAGGUGAACUUCGCUCUGUGCUCGGGCCCUCGGCUUGAGGCUGCCCUGGCCUCCAAGGAUCGGGAGAUCCUGCGGCUGCUGAAGGACGUGCGGCACCUCCAGAACUCUCUGCAGGAGCUGGAGGAGACCUCCGCCAACCAGAUUGCAGACCUGGAGCGGCAGCUCACGGCCAAGUCCGAGGCCAUCGAGAAGCUGGAAGAGAAGCUCCAGGCACAGUCUGACUAUGAAGAAAUUAAAACAGAGCUGAGCAUCCUCAAAGCCAUGAAGCUGGCCUCCAACACCUGCAGCCUCCCGCAGGGCAUGGCGAAGCCCGAAGACUCCCUGCUCAUGGCAAAGGAGGCAUUCUUCCCUGCGCAGAAAUUCCUUCUAGAAAAGCCUGGUCUUUUGGCCAGCCCUGAGGAAGACCCUUCAGAGGAUGAUGCCAUCAAGGAUUCUCUGGGCACGGAGCAGUCCUACCCAUCCCCUCCACAGCUCCCACCACCACCAGGGCCCGAAGACCCCCUGUCCCCCAGCCCAGGGCAGCCCUUGCUGGGCCCUGGCCUCGGCCCUGAUGGCCCUCGGACUUUCUCGCUGUCCCCCUUCCCCAGCCUGGCUUCAGGGGAGAGACUGGCAGGGGACACGCUGCUGUCCAAGCACAUGAUGCCCCCGGCCGCCUUCAAAGGGGAGGCGGGAGGCCUGCUGGUGUUCCCCCCGGCCUUCUAUGGCGCCAAGCCGCCCACGGCCCCUGCCACCCCAGCCCCUGGCCCUGAGCCGCCCGGGGGCCCUGAGCCAGUGGAGGGCAGUGGCGGCAGCGUGGCCACAGCGGGGGCCGGGACAGAGGAGGAGCAGCUGGACACGGCGGAGAUCGCAUUCCAGGUGAAGGAGCAGCUGCUCAAACACAACAUCGGGCAGCGGGUGUUUGGCCACUACGUGUUGGGCCUGUCCCAGGGCUCGGUCAGCGAGAUCCUGGCCCGGCCCAAGCCCUGGCGCAAGCUCACGGUGAAGGGCAAGGAGCCCUUCAUCAAGAUGAAGCAGUUCCUGUCGGACGAGCAGAAUGUGCUGGCUCUGAGGACCAUCCAGGUGCGGCAACGGGGCAGUAUCACCCCGAGAAUCCGUACACCAGAGACCGGCUCGGAUGACGCCAUCAAGAGCAUCCUGGAGCAGGCCAAGAAGGAGAUCGAGUCGCAGAAGGGGGGUGAGCCCAAGAACUCGACAGCCCCACUGAGCAUCACCAAUGGCACAGCCCCCACCAGCACUUCAGAAGAUGCCAUCAAGAACAUUCUGGAACAAGCGCGCCGCGAGAUGCAAGCGCAGCAGCAGGCCUUGCUGGAGAUGGAGGCAGGCCCCCGUGGCCGCUCGGUGCCUCCCUCUCCCACAGAGCGGCCCUCGCUGGCCGCCGUGAGCCAGAACGGGGCCCCGACCCACGUCAAGCAGGAAGAGAGUGGUGUCAGCGGUGGUGGUGUCGGCAGUGGGGGGACCAGCAGUAGUGCCACACAGACAUCCCUCACAGUCCUGUCCCCGGCCGCCUUUGUGCAGAGCAUCAUCCGGAAGGUCAAGUCAGAGAUUGGCGAUGCCGGCUACUUCGACCACCACUGGGCCUCGGACCGCGGCCUCCUCAGCCGCCCCUACGCCUCCGUCUCGCCCUCACUCUCCUCCUCCUCCUCCAGCUACUCCGGCCAGCCCAACGGGCGGGCCUGGCCCCGUGGGGACGAGGCCCCCACGGCCCCCGAGGAUGAAGCAGCCGGGAGCGAGGACGAGCCCCCCAGGGUGGGUGAGCUCAAGGCCGAGGGGGGUGGCCCCGAGGGGGGCAGCGGCGGGCGACUGGCCUACUACCCAGCCUACGUGCCCCGCACGCUGAAGCCCACCGUGCCGCCCCUGACCCCUGAGCAAUACGAGCUCUACAUGUACCGUGAGGUGGACACCCUGGAGCUGACGCGCCAGGUCAAGGAGAAGCUGGCCAAGAAUGGAAUCUGCCAGAGGAUCUUUGGGGAGAAGGUGCUGGGUCUGUCACAGGGCAGUGUGAGUGACAUGCUGUCCCGGCCGAAGCCGUGGAGCAAGCUGACGCAGAAGGGGCGGGAGCCCUUCAUCCGCAUGCAGCUGUGGCUCUCAGACCAGCUCGGCCAGGCCGUCAGCCAGCAGCCCAGCGCCUCCCAGGCCAGUCCCACUGAACCAAGGUCCUCGCCAUCCCCACCCCCUAGUCCCACGGAGCCGCCGGAGAAGACAUCCCAGGAGCCCCUGAGUCUGGCACUGGAGAGCAGCAAGGAGAACCAGCAGCCGGAGGGACGCUCCAGCUCCACGCUGGGUGGAAAGAUGUACUCAGGCAGCCAGACCACAGGGGGCAUCCAGGAGAUUGUGGCCAUGUCCCCCGAGCUGGACACGUACUCCAUCACCAAGAGGGUCAAAGAGGUCCUCACAGACAACAACCUAGGGCAGCGGCUAUUUGGGGAGAGCAUCCUGGGGCUGACACAGGGCUCCGUGUCUGACCUGCUGUCCCGACCAAAACCCUGGCACAAGCUGAGCCUGAAGGGGCGGGAGCCCUUUGUGCGUAUGCAGCUGUGGCUCAAUGACCCCCACAAUGUGGAGAAGCUGAGGGACAUGAAGAAGCUGGAGAAAAAAGCCUACCUGAAGCGCAGGUACGGCCUCAUCAGCACCGGCUCAGACAGUGAGUCUCCAGCCACCCGCUCCGAGUGCCCCAGCCCCUGCCUGCAGCCCCAGGACCUGAGCCUCCUGCAAAUCAAGAAGCCUCGGGUAGUGCUGGCCCCUGAGGAGAAGGAGGCACUGAGAAAGGCCUACCAGCUGGAGCCUUACCCCUCCCAGCAGACCAUCGAGCUCCUCUCCUUCCAGCUCAACCUCAAGACCAACACCGUCAUCAACUGGUUCCACAACUACAGGUCCCGGAUGCGCCGGGAGAUGUUGGUGGAGGGGACCCAAGAGGAACCAGAUCUUGACCCCAGUGGGGGUCCUGGCAUCCUACCGCCAGGCCACUCCCACCCAGACCCCACUCCGCAGAGCCCCAACUCUGAGGCUGAGGACCAAAAGCCUACCGUGAAGGAACUAAAGCUUCAGGAGGGUCCCGAGGAGAGCAUCACACCCCUGACCACCCAGGACAAGACGCAAGUGAGGAUUAAACAGGAACAGACUGAGGAUGCUGAGGAAGAGGCAGGCAGUCAGGACUCAAAGGAGCUGGACAAAGGCCAAGGUUCCCCCAAGGAGGUACAUCCUGACCCUCCGGGUAACGACGGACUCCCAGAAGCAGCCCCAGGGCUCCUUCUUCCAGGUGGGACCACCCCAGCCUGCCCUUCGCUACAGCCCCUCCAGGAGAGCGAGGGCGGGGAGUGGCUACACCCGGACCCUCUAAGUUUUAAGUCGGCCUCAGAGUCCUCACGCUGCAGCCUAGAGGUGUCGCUGAACUCACCCUCAGCUGCCUCCUCGCCGGGCCUCAUGAUGUCUGUGUCACCUGUUCCUUCCUCUUCAGCCCCCAUCUCCCCAUCCCCACCCGGCACCCUCCCUGCCAAAGUGCCGAGUGCCAGCCCCACUGCCGACGCAACCGGGGCCUUGCACCCCAGCACCAAGGUGAACCCCAACUUGCAGCGGCGGCAUGAGAAGAUGGCCAACCUGAACAGCAUCAUCUACCGGCUGGAGAGGGCUGCCAACCGCGAGGAGGCCCUGGAGUGGGAGUUCUAA